GCCUCCCCGAACUCUCCCGCGACCUCUGCGCGCCCUCCGGCCGCCUUCCCCUCCUCGGCUCCGGACAACUUCAGGGGUGGGUUGCAAAGAAAGUUUGCAUCUGCUGCCGCCGCCUCCCGCCUCGGCCUAGGAGGCUCGCCGCCCGCGCCCGCCCGCUCGGCCUUGCCCAGGACUGCGUCCUGCCCGAGACCGCCACCAUGAACAAGCUGUACAUCGGCAAUCUCAACGAGAGCGUGACCCCCGCGGACUUGGAGAAAGUGUUUGCGGAGCACAAGAUCUCCUACAGCGGCCAGUUCUUGGUCAAGUCCGGCUAUGCCUUCGUGGACUGCCCCGACGAGCACUGGGCGAUGAAGGCCAUCGAAACUUUCUCCGGGAAAGUGGAGCUGCAAGGAAAACGCCUAGAGAUUGAACACUCCGUCCCCAAAAAACAAAGGAGUCGAAAAAUACAGAUCCGAAAUAUUCCACCCCAGCUUCGAUGGGAAGUGCUGGACAGCUUGCUGGCUCAGUAUGGUACAGUGGAGAACUGCGAGCAAGUGAACACCGAGAGUGAGACAGCAGUGGUGAAUGUCACCUAUUCCAACCGUGAACAGACCAGGCAAGCCAUCAUGAAGCUGAACGGCCACCAGCUGGAGAACCACGCCUUGAAGGUCUCCUACAUUCCUGAUGAGCAGAUAGCACAGGGUCCCGAGAAUGGGCGCCGGGGAGGCUUUGGCUCUCGGGGUCAGCCCCGCCAGGGCUCUCCUGUGGCGGCGGGAGCCCCAGCCAAGCAGCAGCAAGUGGACAUCCCCCUGCGGCUCCUCGUGCCCACCCAGUACGUGGGCGCCAUCAUCGGCAAGGAGGGCGCCACCAUCCGCAACAUCACAAAACAGACGCAGUCCAAGAUCGAUGUGCACAGGAAGGAGAACGCAGGUGCUGCCGAGAAGGCCAUCAGCGUCCACUCGACCCCCGAGGGCUGCUCCUCUGCCUGUAAGAUGAUCUUGGAGAUUAUGCACAAGGAGGCAAAGGACACCAAAACGGCUGACGAGGUUCCCCUGAAGAUCCUGGCCCAUAAUAAUUUCGUGGGGCGUCUCAUUGGCAAGGAGGGGCGCAACCUGAAGAAGGUGGAACAGGACACAGAGACGAAAAUCACCAUCUCCUCGCUACAGGACCUCACCCUCUAUAACCCCGAGAGGACCAUCACUGUGAAGGGCGCCAUUGAGAACUGCUGCAGGGCCGAGCAGGAGAUCAUGAAGAAAGUUCGGGAAGCCUAUGAGAAUGACGUGGCUGCCAUGAGUCUGCAGUCUCAUCUCAUCCCCGGCCUGAACUUGGCUGCUGUAGGCCUUUUUCCAGCCUCCUCCAGUGCAGUCCCACCACCUCCCAGCAGCGUCACCGGAGCGGCUCCCUACAGCUCCUUUAUGCAGGCUCCAGAGCAGGAGAUGGUGCAGGUGUUCAUUCCUGCCCAGGCAGUGGGCGCCAUCAUCGGCAAGAAGGGGCAGCACAUCAAACAGCUCUCCCGUUUCGCCAGUGCCUCCAUCAAGAUUGCUCCUCCUGAAACUCCGGACUCCAAAGUUCGUAUGGUCAUCAUCACUGGACCCCCAGAGGCCCAAUUCAAGGCUCAGGGAAGAAUUUAUGGAAAGCUCAAGGAGGAGAACUUCUUUGGUCCCAAGGAGGAAGUAAAGCUGGAGACCCAUAUCCGGGUGCCGGCGUCGGCAGCUGGCCGGGUCAUUGGCAAAGGUGGCAAAACGGUGAAUGAGCUGCAAAAUUUGACAGCAGCUGAGGUGGUGGUGCCAAGAGACCAGACCCCUGAUGAGAACGACCAGGUCAUCGUCAAGAUCAUCGGGCAUUUCUAUGCCAGCCAGAUGGCUCAGCGGAAGAUACGAGACAUCUUGGCCCAAGUCAAACAGCUGCACCAAAAGGGACAGAGUAACCAGGCCCAGGCCCGGAGGAAGUGACCGGCCCCUUCCCAUCAUGUCGGCUCAAGGACAACAGGCCGAAAUCGAGAGCACGUUCUCCCCAGCAGGCCUGAGAAUGAGCGGGAAUCAGGGACACUUGGGCCGGGAUGUAGAUCAGGUUUGCCCACUUGCUUGAGGAAGUUGUUCCAGUGAGGAACCCUGAUCUCUCAGCCCUAAACACCCAACCAAUUGGCCCAACACUGCCCACCCCUGAGGGUGUCACCAUGGAAAUUCUAGCUCAGGGUGCUUUUAAACGUGGAUUGUUUAAGUUCUCCAGGUCCCACCGAGAGGGUGGGUCAGACCCCAGUGGGAAGGGAAAUAAAAUUUCCUUCAGGUUUUUAAAACACGCAGAGGGGUGUUUUAAUCAACCUCAAAGGAUGGUUUACUUCUUGACCCUCAGAUCCUUCCAACCUUCUUCUACUUGGUUUAUUGAUUAAAAUACCUCUGUUCUUGUGCCCUGACAUAGCCGUUUCGUAUAUUCACACUGGUUAUGUUACCUUUCUGCUGCUGGCAAAAGUGAGAACCAAUCCAUUGCAUUGCUUACGUUAUUGACUCGAAGGGAGAAGACACGUCGGCAUCUGUAGAUUAAUUCCAAUCCCUUCCUAACCAACCAGUAGGAACAGCAAGGAAUAAAGAAUGGGGGAGAAAUGGGGAGAAAGGUGAUUGAACUAUACAGUAAUCCACGUUUAAAAGGAGUGCCCUUGUGGCUGAUUGAUUCCAGAUCACCACCUUGAAAAAUUGGCACGGUUCAAAUUUCCCGCUCUGUUGGGGCUUCCCCACUAGGAUUCCCGCCCUGUUCAUGUCCCUCUAACCAUGUAAGUCCCACGUCAUGUCCAGGUGCACAUGGGUGGUACCGACUGCUCAGCGGGAUAGGGGCUGACCACUGUACUGUCCCUGAUUCCUAUCAUUCUCAGGCAGAUUUUAUAUUUUUUUAAAGUCUAUUUUAAUGAUUGGAUACGAGCACUGGGAAGGGGACACUAACGCCCCUUGAUAAAGUCUCAGUUCCACGGAGGACUUGAGUGGCCCCAAAGGCUGCCACUGUGCCCUCACGCCAGCCCAUGUGCUCCCAUAAGGGCUGGUUCCCAGAAGCAGGGGUUGCGGGGCACUCCCCCCCACGGCACUGUUCCCUUGGUGGUGGUGGGACGUGGAACCCGACCCUGAGCUCCUGAUAAAGCUGAAGUCCAUCAUUUGGCAUCUUUUAUGACUGUUCAGUAAAUUGGAGAGAAAAUUUGCUUCUGUUUUGAUCCUAGAGGCAUAUUGAACUGAUGGCUUCUGUUUUGAUCCUAGAGGCAUAUUGAACUGAUGGCUUCUGUUUUUAUCCUAGAGGCAUAUUGAACUGAUGGCUUCUGCCUCCACGAGUCGUUGGCAUGAUGUUAUGUGUGCCUAAAAAAACAAAAUUCAAAAUACCAGCAACAUUAUGCACAAAGGGGUAAACAAGCUUAAUUUAUUAAUUUUCCAGGCUCAGCAAGAUCCCGUUUUCAGUUCAGCCCUUGUGGAAGACAUCAGCCAUCAGUUAAAUGAGGUUAGGCCUCCCCUCCUAAUGUACUGAUUGUCAGUGCAUGUUAGCCAGGUGGUGCACUUUAGCUACCUUGGACAAUGCUAUCAAGUGUGCUGGGAAGGGAGGAAGGCCUCCCGCAUGUGGAAGAGCCCAUGCUCUGGACUCCCCUCCUUCCGACAUUGCAACAACGACAGUAACAACCAGACAACCUUGACAUGUGGGCGGAGUCAGUCAGGUAAUGCUGUGCGCGAAGUAAACUACCUCAAGGUAUGAAGUUACCUCAGCAAUUACUUUCCUUUUUGUUCCCCCCACCUCUUUUUUUUAAUCUUUUUUUCUUUGCGGCUUGCUGAUAUUUUAUAUAAAAAAGAAAAGCAAAGCAAAAGAGAAGCUGAUAGUCUUGAAUAUUUUAUUUUUUUAAUGAAAAGAAAAAAACGAGAAAGUUAUGUUUCAUAAUUUCUUACAACAUGAGCCAGUGUAACCCUUUAGGAACUCUCUAUGGAGAACAGGCCCUGUGGGAAAGGCAGCUGGGGCUGCCCCUUGGACGGAGGCUGGGCCGAGUGGGAAGACCCACGUGUGAGAGAGCCCAGGGCCAGGCUCUGCUCUCUAAGCCACCAGCCUCUCCCAGGAAAAUCCUGCCUGAUGAGAUUAACAGGCCCAGCAGAGCUGUGGCCCCAAGGGCGAAACAACAGCCUCCAACAGCCGGCCUGUGGUCUCCCCUCUCCCCUUCGGUUAAAGGGCACCCCAGUCGGUUUUUCCCACCAGUGGUGCUGUUGAGAUAUUUAAAAAUAUUGCCUCCGUUUUAUCGAGGAGAGAAAUAAUAACGAAAAAAGAUACCCUUUAAAAAAUCUAUACUUCUCUGUCUAAAAAUAUGGGAGCCGAGAUUCCAUUAGUGGAAGAGACAAAGCCAUCCUCUCACCCUCAGAGAGGUCCACCUGAUUUGUCAUUGCAGUGCUUUUCACUUUUUGUUCUUGUUAUUUCAUUUCAAUCCCAUCUUGCUGUUCUUGGUCUUUAUCAAUAUAGACCAAGGGGCAAACAGAUAACUGCCCCCUCUGUCUCCCCGUCUUCUUUCGAUUGAUCUGAUGGAACUCUUAACUGUGGACCCAAACUUACCAAAUUCUUGAUUUAGGGUGGUGGGUGGCAAGGAGGGGCAGGGGAUUCGGGAAUGUGACUGGG